AUGGCGUCGCUGGCUUCUCUCUCCAUCUACACCGUGCCGGGGCGCGCAGGCCGUGCCGAGUCCGUUCACACCCCUCGCCGGCGGCGUAUGGCGGUGGUGCGGGCGAAGGUGCGCGAGAUCUUCAUGCCUGCGCUGAGCUCGACGAUGACGGAGGGCAAGAUCGUCUCCUGGACGACCGCCGAGGGAGACCGCGUCUCCAAGGGCGACCCCGUGGUGGUCGUCGAGUCCGACAAGGCAGACAUGGAUGUGGAGACCUUCCACGACGGCAUCAUCGCCGCCGUCCUCGUCCCGGCCGGUGGGACCGCCCUCGUCGGCGCCCCCAUCGCCCUCCUCGCCGAGUCCGAGGAGGAUGUCGCCCUCGCGCAGGCGCGUGCCCAGGCCCUAUCCAAGGCCCAGGGCGAAGAAACCCCUCCUCCCCAUGCUGCCGCCACGGCUCCACCUACCGUGGCCCCUGCUCUGGCACCAGUGGCCGCACCGACGAAUGGCAUCGCUACGCCUCAUGCCAAGAAGCUCGCGAAGCAGCACAGAGUGGACAUCUCCAAUGUUAUCGGCACCGGGCUAAACGGCCGCAUCACGGCGGCUGACGUUGAGGCUGCCGCUGGGAUCCAGCCAAAGCCAAAGGCCGCUCCACCUCCACCCCCUGCAGCUCGCUCUGCACCUCCGGCAGGCACACCAUUAGUAGCUGCAGUCAGACAACCAGCAGUGCUUCCUCCGGUGCCUGGUGCGACUGCGGUGCCAUUCACAUCGAUGCAAUCGGCGGUGAGCAGGAACAUGGUGGAGAGCUUGUCAGUGCCAACGUUCCGAGUUGGGUAUGCCAUCAAGACCGAUAAGCUCGAUGCACUCUAUGAGAAGGUUAAGUUGAAAGGGGUUACAAAAACAUUGUUGCUGGUGAAAGCAGCAGGCAUGGCACUCGCUCAGCACCCAGUUGUGAAUGCCAGCUGCAGGGAUGGAAAGAGCUUCAGUUACAACAGUAGUAUCAACAUCGCGGUGGCGGUUGCCAUCGAGGGUGGCCUUCUUACGCCUGUGUUGGAGGAUGUUGAUAAGUCAGAUAUAUAUCUGCUCGCGCAAAAAUGGAGAGCACUGCUCAAAAAGACGCGCAUGAAGCAGCUCCAACCAAAUGAAUACAGCUCUGGGACGUUUUCACUGUCCAACCUUGGUAUGUUUGGGGUAGAUAGAUUUGAUGCAAUCCUUCCACCUGGUCAGGGGGCUAUCAUGGCUGUUGGAGCAUCGAGACCUACUGUUAUAGCUGACAAGGAUGGUUUCUUCAGUAUCAAGAACGAAAUGCUGAUAUUAAUGCGUGCGAACCCCUAG